UUCUCGAAUUUAAUAUACAACUUUUAUGCCACACCCUUCUUAAAAAAAUCAAAUGGCUGUUCCGGAAACUGUCUAUCUUCCAGCUUUCAUAAUCCUCUCUCUCUAUCUCUCUUACAAUUCUUGUUGGAAUAUUGUAUAGAGAGAAGCCAUAGCAUCAAGCUCAAAGCAACACCAAGAGAAUAUGGGGAGAGCUCCUUGCUGUGACAAAGCAAACGUCAAGAAAGGCCCAUGGUCGCCUGAAGAAGAUGCCAAGCUCAAGUCAUAUAUAGAGCAGCAAGGCACCGGUGGUAACUGGAUAGCUUUACCACAAAAAAUCGGCCUCAAGAGAUGUGGCAAGAGCUGCCGCCUUAGGUGGUUAAACUAUCUCCGCCCAAAUAUCAAGCAUGGAGGAUUUUCAGAAGAGGAAGAUAACAUAAUCUGUAGCCUCUAUAUUAGUAUCGGAAGCAGGUGGUCUAUUAUUGCGGCACAAUUACCCGGAAGAACCGACAAUGAUAUAAAGAACUACUGGAACACAAGGCUGAAGAAGAAACUUCUUGGUAAGCAGAGAAAAGAACAGCAGGCAGCUCGUAGAGAUAACAGCCUAAAGCAGGAGAUGAAGAGAUUGGUUCCUGAUCAUAACAACAACCAAAGCCCUUACUGGCCAGAGCUGCCUGUGCUGGCGGCGCCCAUACCAUAUUCAAACCAAGAGCCUCGUUUUAACGACCAUGCUUCCAUCAGAAAAUUGCUUAUCAAACUUGGAGGGAAGUUUUCUGAUGUUGAUGAUCUGCCAAUCCAUCAGUUCGAGAAUGGUGUUUCCGCCGCCCAACAAAUGUAUGAUCAGUCGGUCAAUAUGCCCUCUUCUUCUCCCAUAGAUGCGCUAAACAACAACAACACUGGCAUUCAAUUUGCUCAAGCCGCCCAGUCCUAUGGGGAUGGGGCAGAAUUAAACAUGCUGCAAGGGCAAAGCAGUACUACUUUUCCAGUAGAGCUUGAGGAAAUCGUGUACAGCAAUCCACAAGGGUUAGAUGGGCUAGAAUUCUUAUGUGGGAACGACAUGGCCGUCUACAAUUGGGGCGAGAUGAGCUCUCCGGUGUAUCCUCCUCCGGCUUCCAACUAUGUAGGUAUGCAACAAGCAUGUGAUUUCGAAGAGUUGAGGUACUCCCGAGCAAAUUAAUUACUUGCUGUACAUUAAGUAUAAAUUUGUAGCAAUAUUAGGGAAAGUAGUGUUAAUUAGAUUCUCGGAGAAAACCCUAGUAAUAAACUCAGUACUUUUCAUAUCUAUAGCUUUUAUCAAGCUUUCUCUAUCCAGGCUGAUCACUAGCUAUACUUGUCUACUAUUUUGUGCGUGGUGAGCCCUCUUUGAACUGUAUUUUUCAGUCUAAAUUUCUGAGGUUACUAUAUAUAAUGGGGAUUUGGAGCUUGUGCUCAUAAUUUGUUCA